GGCCGGCCCCGAUGGCAAGGAGCGUCUAAACCCGUUCGACCUGCCCCAAUCCGGUUUCGCCCAGCAGCCCCAGUCCCAGUCCCAGUCGUCGUCUGCCCUGCGCCAUCACCUGCUCAACGCAUCCACGUCCACGUCCACCGCCCAGCCUGCCCCCGCCACUUCCGCAAAUGGCGGUGAUCUCACGCCUCUAGGAACGCUAUCCCCGAACGCCUUCCCAAUCUUCGCCGCCGCCGUCCCCACCACCCAGCUCUCUCUUCAUGCCCCCGACUUCAACAUGGCAGAGCCCCCGCAGCCAAAGAACAAGCGCAGCCCCCCAGACUUCCCCCCCUCCAGCACCUCGUCCCCAGCCUCCUCGCACAAGUCCUCCUCCUCCUCCACCCGCUCCGUCCGCAACCCGCUGACAAACGCCCUCAACGCCUCCUCCUCCGCUUCGUCCUCCGCCAACGGCUCCCCCGGCGGCCAGAGCAAGGGCCAGAUACACGUCAAGCUCAUCCAGGCGCGCGGGCUCAAUGUCUCUUCGCCGCACUCGCGGCCGUACGUCGUGGUCUCCUUCGAGCAGAACGAGUUUGUCAGUCGGGACCCCAUCGACGAGACCGAGAAGGAGCUCAAGGGGCAGGCGACAAACCUCUCGCGCAAUUCCUCCAGCGUCGCCCUCUCCGCCCUGGGCGCCAUAAACAGCAAGGACGCCGCCAAGCGCAGUACCGGCAGCGGGAAGAACACGCCCGUCCCGGGCGCCCCCAAGCCCAAUACAAGCGCUAGCGGGCUCACCAACUCACUAUUCGGGCGUAAGAACGCACAUAAUCCAGUAUGGAAGCACGAGGUGUCUUUCGAUGUGACUUCGGAAAAGUCGACGAUCACCUUUUGCGUGUACGACCGCAUCGACGGCGAGCAUCCUUUCCUGGGCACGGUGCAGGUCAAGCCGGUGCUCGUCCAUGAUCACACCGUGGACCAAUGGUACAAACUCCAGCCGUUCGAGAACGAGGUGGUCACCGGGGAGAUGCGCAUACAGGUCACAUUCGAGCAGUUCAAGAACAAACGAGCCCUCACCCCCCGCGAUUUUGAAUUCCUCAAGCUCAUCGGACGGGGCACCUUCGGCAAGGUCUUCCAGGUGCGCAAAAAGGACACGAAGCGUAUCUACGCGAUGAAGGUCCUCUCCAAGAAGGAGAUCAUCGCGAAGAAGGAGGUCGCGCACACCAUCGGCGAGCGCAAGAUCCUCCAGCGCUCGCUCGAGUGCCCCUUCCUCGUCGGCCUCAAGUUCUCCUUCCAGACCGACACGGACCUCUAUCUCGUCACCGACUUCAAGAGCGGCGGCGAGCUCUUCUGGCACCUCCAGAAGGAGACGCGGUUCAGCGAGGAGCGCGCGCGGUUCUACGUCGCCGAGCUGACGCUCGCGCUCGAGCAUCUGCACAAGUACGAUAUUGUCUAUCGAGAUCUAAAGCCGGAGAACAUUCUCCUUGAUGCCACGGGCCAUGUCGCCCUCUGCGAUUUCGGUCUAUCAAAGCCUGACCUCCGAUCUGACGAGCUCACCACGACCUUCUGCGGCACCACCGAGUACCUUGCGCCCGAAGUGCUCCUGGAUGAGCACGGCUACUCCAAGCUCGUCGACUUCUGGAGUCUGGGCGUUCUGCUGUUUGAGAUGUGCUGCGGGUGGAGCCCGUUCUAUGCCGAAGACACUCAAGUCAUGUAUAAGAAUAUAUGCUUUGGCAAGAUUAGGUUCCCGAAAGGUGUUAUUGGGGAGGAGGGCAAGCAAUUUGUCAAAGGGCUACUGAACCGCAACCCCAAACAUCGACUAGGUGCCCAGCGUGACGCUGCAGAGCUCAAGGAGCACCCAUUCUUCGCUUCGAUCGACUGGGAUGCCCUAGCCCGCAAACAAGUCACGCCGCCGUUCAAGCCCGUCGUCGAGUCGGACGACUCGACUGCCAACUUCGACCCCGAGUUCACGACCGCGGACCUGCGCGAGAUGGGCCUCGAGGACGAGAUGGCCCUGGACAUGGACGACGCGGACCCGAGCGAGGCGUGGGUCUCCGCGUCGCUCACGGGCGGCGCGACGACGGCGCACACGCCGCUCGGCCCGCUGGGCUCGGAGAAGCAGGACGGGAUCGCGAUCGGGCAGGGCAAGAAGGCCGGGAAGAAGGGCGGCAGCGCGAGCCCGCCGCUCACGAACUCCGUGCAGGAGAACUUCCGCGGGUUCACGUACGAGGGCGAGAGCCUCGUGCACGAGCUCGAGGAGCGCCUCGGGCUCGGCGGCGAUGAGGACGAGGCGGUGGACGAGGACGAGAACGCGGAGCCGACGACGGAGGAUGAGGCGGAGGACUUUGAGCAUGCCGGCGGGCGGUAUGCGCGGAGCAGGCGGAGAGACGAUGAUAUGGAUCUUUAAGGAUCUCUGCUGUUGUCCCUGCAAGCGUUACGCUCGUAAUGGCUUGGUUCUCCAGCAUGCUCAAGUAACUAUCCUAUCCUCCACUCAUGCACCCGCUGUACCUCGGUCUCAUACAAAUAUGCCUCCGUCGCCCCCCUCAACUGCUCCAUCCACUGCAAAUACACUGUACUCUGAAUCGCAUAUUUAAUCCACAUUCGACCACCAACGCAAACGGCAUCUUGUUCCGUGUCGCGUCCGUGUUGUACCUCCAACCCAUGUAAUCACUUUCUUCGCCGCACAUAUAUUCUUGCUCUUCACUUUCGCUUUCGCGCACACACGGUUUUAUUGGCGACGGACGAUUUACAAAGUUUAGUCACAGGGGGCGCGUGUAGGAUGGCGGACAGGCUCCGGAGACAGUGUUCAAUCAAUCAAUCCAUUCCCAAGUAGUAGAGUAUAAAUGUAGUAGUAAUAAUAAACAGGGUGUAGUGAUAUGCCGUAUUGCUGGAACGUUGAAGUGAAAAAAUCCUGAAAGUAUCCGGGAUGGAUGCUCCUUCUGGGAAGUCCGGAAGAAGAGAAGCGAGGCCGAGGCUACCAGUCGUUGAGGCUGUGGCGGCCGGGACGGGCGAGGUUGAGACCACCACGGAGGAGGGGCAGGAGGAUCUGGCCGCCGAUGAUAGUAUUUUUGACGAUCGAGUCCACUUCGUGGGGGGUCACCCGUCCGUACCAGACACUCGAGCCUUGGGGAGUGUAAAUGAUGCAAUUGCCCG